GUUUACGUUCCGCCCGCGCUACGUCACGCAAAUGGCGGCGAAGAAGAAACGGGACGGGCACCCGCGACCACCGGGCGCUCGGGACAAGAGCCUGAGGGCGGCUGUCGAGCGGCAAUUUUCGGCGGCGGCCGAGCGCGUUGUACGGCUGUUGCAGGAGCGGGCCAGCCGAGAUGAGCGUCAGCUCAGGCGAAUGGUCAUGGGGGCCGUCUCCGCCGCCGUCGAGCGAAUCUUCAGCGAGUAUCGAGCAGCGGGAGCCGCAGCAGACUCUGAGCCCUCCACACUGUCACAUGACCUCCCUUCUGGGUCCCCCACCUACGAUGGUCCAGGAGACAAUGACGGCCCAAGAGACGGCAACGGCGAGUUGCACCUCUGCCGAGUGUCUUACGGCACAAGCAGCCUUCUGGUGAAGCGAAAGGACCGAGACGCCCAGGAGGCGGAACCCGCGGCGAGGAGACAGCCGAAACUCGGGACGGAGGGAAAGUCGGAACCCGCAACAAGGGGAAAGCCCUCCUCCCGCACGGAACACAACCUUCAAACACAGAAGACCCUCAGCACAGAUAAGCACGUUGCCACGGCCCCAACAGGACUGCGCCAGGACCGCAUAGACGACACCAAAGCCCUUGAACCAGGAGACCGUUCUCACCAGGAGGGCGACUGCAGGUUGGGGGGCCACCUACAUGAACAGAUUCAAGAUGGGGUUCCACACCGGUUUGAAGAGUUUGUUCAAGAGUACUCUGAUGAGCGCGGGCCAGAGUGCGUCCGCACCCUCCGGAAAGCCGAGGGGUCCAGUGGAGGUCUGCCAGACGCUGGUCUGAGUCAAAGCGGCGGCGCUGAGCGAAUUCAGGAAAUCCCAAAAGAGCACACGGAGGACCGUGUUCCUGGCUGCGAGGCCAAACGCCUCCGUUCCUUCCGGGAACGAGGGGUCCCCAAGAGCGCGCUGCCGGCUUUGUCGUGCGGCCAGUGCGGCAAGAACUUUACCCGUAAGAGCGCUCUGGAUCGCCAUGCCAGGGCGCAUGUGGGCGACAGGCCUUUCAUCUGCGAGUUUUGCGGGAAGACCUUCACAGACAAGGCGGUGCUGAAGCGGCACCUGAAGCGGCACACAGGCGGCAGACCGCGCGUCCAUGGCUGUGAUGAGUGCGGCAAGAAAUUCAUUAUGAGCCAGCACCUGCUCGUGCACAAGAGGAUUCACAAUGACGAGAGGCCGUACGCCUGCCGGGUGUGUGGCAAGACCUUCCGGCAGGCGGGGAACCUGGCUGCGCAUGCGAAGAUCCAUACAGGCGAGAAGGCCUUUGUCUGCGGCCUGUGCGGGAAGCGCUUCCGCCAGAAGAUUUCGCUGGAGACGCACGAGCGCUUCCAUCGGAAGGACAAGGUCUUUGAAUGCCACGUCUGCGAUAGGAGCUUUGUGCAGAAAGUGGACCUCAAGAGGCACAUGCUGACGCACUCGGGCGAAAAGCCGCACGCCUGCCGCAUGUGCGACAAACGCUACCAGGAGAAACGCUCGCUGGAGGCGCACAUGAAGGUGCAUGCCGCCACUGACGCGCGCCAAUGCUUGCUGCAGCUCUGACUCGGGGGGGACCGCUUGCUUCUUUUCCUUUGUGACUCCACUCUAAAGAGUUGAGUUUAUUUGGUGGCCAACUUUGGCUCAUUUUUCUGGGAACGUAUGUAUGUGUAGUGACAAUUAUAGCCGGCAGGCGGCAGCAUUGGGUCUUUUUUGUAUCAAAGUAAGAAGACCUCUGUAAAUUCCACCGGCACAAGCAGUCUCUGAGUGUUUGUCACCAUAAAUCUACUACAAAACAGAAAAGAUGGUGGGCAUUAAAAUUACAAGUAGAAGUGCUGAUGCACAAGGAUGCACACACAAUAACCAAAACUGCUAAAUACCGAGCAAAUAGUUUGUAAAGAAUGUCAGAUGUCCAAAUGUUACAUUGGUGGUACACUCUUACAUGACUAAACAAAAUGUCAUUUUAUUGUUGCUGUUGGACUGUGCAAACGUUUGCCACUAACUUUGUAUUUAUUGUUUUAUUUUCCAAUUUAGACAUGUCUUCAAAAUA